AUGCCCUCCCACAGCGUCUCCGCACAGGAACUGGCGGACAUGCUGCCCACCGGCGUCGCCAUGCUCAACCACCGCGACGAGGCCAUCUUCACCAACCGCCGAUUCCGCGCCCUCAUGACCAGCUGCAACCCGCGCUCCUUCGACUGCUGGUCCCAAUCGAUCCACCCCGACGACUACGACCGACUCGCGACCGCCUACCACGACGCCUCCCGCGCCCAGCAGCCCCUCCGCAUCGAGUACCGCACCCGCGACGACGACUGUCCCUGGCGCCUGCUGACGCUCACCCCCAUGGCCCCCGACGAGCGCGCACGGUUCGGCCUCGGCAGCGACGGCGGCUCCAUCUGCACAAUCGCCGACAUCAGCCAGGAAAAGACCGCCGAACUGUCCCACAAGAAGAUCGCCGAGGAGGCGCAGCAGCGCAAAACGCAACAGGAGCGGUUCAUCGACAUGAUCAGCCACGAGGUGCGGAACCCGCUCUCCGCCAUCCUACAUUGCACGGAGGACAUCCUCGAAGCGGUGCAGAGGGCCGGCGACGCCGAGACGACGCACGCGAUCAUCGCGCAGGCCGCCGAGACCAUCAGCCUCUGCGUCGCGCACCAGAAGAAGAUCGUCGACGACGUGCUCACCUUCUCGAAAGUCGACGCGGGGAUGCUCGCGCUCACGCCGCGGCGGGUGCAGCCGCGCCGCCACCUGGCCACCUCGCUGACCAUGUUCCGGCCCGAGCUGCGCAAGGAGCACAUCGAGUUCGAGUAUAAGCUCGACCAUUCCUACGAGGAGCAGGGCAUUGACUGGGUCAUGGCCGAUCUGGACCGCAUGAGCCAGGUCCUCAUCAACCUGGUCUCGAACGCCAUCAAAUUCACCGCCAAGUCCGGGGGCGAGAUGAAGGUGCGCGUGUCGAUGGGCGCGUCUACCACGCGGCCCCCGUCGUAUCCGCCGAACGUGGUGUUCUUCAGCUCGGACGAGACCGCGCUGGGGUUGGAUAGGACGCGCCAGGCGGAGUGGGGGGAGGGGCCGACGGCGUACAUCAUGGUCGCGGUGCGGGAUACGGGGAUCGGGAUCAGCGAUGAAGCGCAGAAGCGGUUGUUUGAACGGUUCAACCAGGCGACGCCGCGGACGGAGAGUAUCUAUGGAGGGUCUGGGCUGGGGCUGAACGUCAGCCGGCGGCUGUGUCAUCUGCACGGGGGCGAGAUCGGCGUGAGCUCCAAAGAGGGCGAAGGCAGCACGUUUGGCUUCUUCUUUGCCGUGCGGAAAAGCGACUCGGUGGGGGAGACGUCCACUAGCCACAGAGUGCAGAUUGACCAGAAAUGCCUAGAUAUCCAGUCGCUGGGCGAGGAGAUAACCAACGGCAAUCACCAGAUGACCUCUCCUCCCAUUCCGCAGAACCCCGAGGUGACUUAUAUCGAAGAGAUCAACCCGGCCUGCAGCAGCGAUGGGAGAAAGGACCACACGGCCAAAUUAGCCGAGGAGACUGGCGUGUCUCCGACAGCAGACACCCCUGAGAACUCCCCUACCGAGACACGACCGAAUCAGGAAAAUGAUAGCAAAAGCGACGGCCACCACAUCCUCCUCGUCGAAGACAACAUCAUCAACCAGCGCAUCCUCUCCCGGAAGCUGCAAUGCCUCGGCUUCAGCGUCACCGAGGCCAGUCACGGCCGAGAGGCUCUCGACGCCGUGAAGAAUGACCACUUUGACUGUAUCCUCAUGGACCAAGCCAUGCCUGUCAUGGACGGAAAUUCAGCGACCAAGGCGAUCCGCGAGCUGGAAAAGGAAGAAAUGGCAGGGUAUACCCCUGUGCUAGGGGUAACGGCGAAUGUGAGGGCAGAGCAGCAGGAGGAAAUGCUGCAGUCCGGCAUGGACGAUGUGAUCCAUAAGCCGUAUAGGAUGUGUGAGCUGACCGAGAAGAUUGAGCAAUUGAUUCAAAAAGAGUCUGCCCAUAAUGAACAUUUACGUUUGGCCGAACGUUACCUCCCGUUCGAUAUACCUGCCCUGAUGAACGUUAUCGCCGCCGCAUCUGGCCAUGCGACCUCUGACAUUGUUUCAUUUUAUAAGAUGGCUGAAGGUGGAUUCAACCGUCUGUUCCAAGCGACCUUUACAGAUGGGAAGCAUGUCGUUGCUCGACUCCCGUAUCCUUCCACAGCGCCCGAGCACUACACAGUUGCCAGCGAGGCUGCUACUUUGGACUAUCUCCGGUUACAUGGGAUUCCUACUCCUGGGGUCUAUGCUUGGUGCUCAACAAAAGCGAACCCUGUUGGCGCUGAGUACAUUCUCAUGGAGAAAUUGGACGGCACCCCUCUCGGUGAUAUAUGGUACGCGAUGACACCAAAAGAGCAACACAAGAUCAUGAAACAGAUUGUUGAGUGGGAGACACGAUUGAUGUCAUUGGAGUUCCCUGCAUGUGGGAGUUUAUACUAUCAGAAGGAUCUUCCAACCCAAAGGAAGGUUCCACUACCAAACCAUAAUGGGUCAUCGUCAAGCGAUUUGUUUCGGGCCGUUAGUGAACGGGAGUUGACUUGGGCCAAAGCCUAUGCGAAACCUCGCCUUCCCUAUGAGCGCCUCUAUAGGGAGAUAUACGGUUUUUGCCAAAUCUCGCCUGACCGGCACAUUCAGAAUCUCUCCGACUAUCUCACGUUAGCGCCUUGCCUCGGGUUCAAAGCUGCCUCAUCACUGAAUCGGCCGGUCAUCCGACAUCCUGAUCUUCAACCGAACAAUAUUCUUAUAUCGGAUGCGAAUGAGGUUGUCGGCUUUGUUGAUUGGCAACAUUGCACUAUCCUUCCGCUUGGGCUUGCAGCUGGGAUACCGAAAGAUUUCCAGAACUACGGUGACCCUGAUUCAGAAAAGCUGAUCGAGCCCCGAAUUGAUCUCCCACCGAACUACGAUUCUCUCCCUGAGUCUGCCCAGUUAUCGAUACGAGAGACUAUCCGAAAAAGACUGGUCCAUUUCCUUUACGCCGCAUUCACGAGGCGUCUGAAUGAAGAGCAUUAUGAUGCAAUCUUUGACCAGUCUGCUAUACUGCAUCAGCGUCUUUUCAAGAGUGCGGGUAGUCCCUGGGAAGGGGAUUCAAUUACUCUAAGGGCUGACAUGAUCCGUGCCUUACAAAGCUGGCCGAAUCUGAUUUCAGCGGACUCUGUCGGGCGUGAACGGGGAACCUGCAAUACACCUUCUCUCACAUACUCAGACAGAGUUGUCCGUGAUACUCUUGCCUUGGAUGCGCGACAGAAAGAAGCUGACCUUGCAAUGGACCAAAUGCGGAAUGUUUUGGGUGUCGACAUCUUGGGCUGGGUGCCGAGUGACGAAUAUGAAGCUGCGAAAGAACUGGCGCGUGAGAUCAAAGCCAAAAUGCUUAAAGCGGCUGAGACCAAUGAAGAUAGAAUUGGGAUUCAGAACCACUUUCCAUUUGACGACUUUGAUGAGAACUCCUGA